GUGGUGCUGAAACUGGUACGAAAUUUCAUGUAGCCAUCCACAGCCACUUGAGAACUCUACAGGAGAAGCAAUAACAAGCAACGAACGCGACGAAUGACAAAACUGGCAGAGGAAUAGCAGCUGGAAUAUAGCCCACAUGCCGCAUGCCGCCCACAUCACCAUAAACCAAUAUUUUGAUAUUUUGUACACCCUUGCAGUCGCUGUCUACGGCUGUCUUAUGAGCACAAUCCCUGUUGAAGCCAGAAUAGGAGCGAAGCUGUUGCAUGAGAACGCUCUGCGUAAUUAUUUAUUUAUUUGUAAUUCAUAGCUAAUUCAAUAAUUCAUCCACUUGGGAACUCUACUACAAAAGCGUCUGGCCCACAGCACACCGCGUGAGAAGCCCAAACAAUGCUAAUAAACUACUUUUGGACGGGGCGAACGGUGCGACACGUAGUAAUUCGCCACCACGUGCAAGGCGAAACUGAAGAGUUAAUGGUAAAUCUCAACUAUCGUUACCGCAGUAAACAUGAAUGAUUGCAUGGACAAUACUCGAGAACACUUUUCUCAAUAGUGGAUCAGGCUGAAGCUGGCUGAUUAAGUUUUCAAGUUUUCAUCUUUCAAGUAUGCUGAAAGCUCCAGAGUUUGACAGGAUGUACAAUUGCAUGCGAAGCACUUGACGUUUCGGAGCUUUUUGGGAUGAGGAAUUCAGUGUUCACGUGCCAGGGGUGCCAGUUUUUUCCAGUGAGCACGCUUCCGCUUCUGGAGUUUCGAAUUAAAAAAGUAAUAGCCAACCGUACCGGUGGAUGCAUGCAUCCCCAUGUUUCAGUCAGUUUAGGUUGGGAUCUGUAGCAAUCUGUUCGCUCUUCUCACAAAACCAAGCACAAUAGAAGUACAAACCAGUCAAAAAAGUGAAACUCCAGCCUAAACACUACAAUGACGUUGUCCAACCAGAUAUGCAUCGACUACAAUGCGCAGGCCGUGGGUCUCGUGGCAGACUGCGAGUACGCGGAGGCUGCCAAUAUGCUCAAAGCUGCUCUACAGAACCUACAUGCAAAGGGAGAGCGUCCGAACUUGACAUACAUUCACUCAACUACCGGUACUAGAGACGUCCACAGCGUUCGCCUGAUGAGCAAGGAAGAGGCUCAUCGGCUGUCCCCAAACAACUUGUUCCAACUGUAUCCCUGCGCAUUUGUCAUGGAUCCCGGGAGGUCUCACGAGAUUUCCGAAACGACGUUGUCCAUGGUGCUUCUCUACAAUCUGGGAUUGGCAACUCAGCUCGCAGCUUUGACAACUCACCGACAAGACGACUUGGUCAUGCGACACGCCAUUGACGUUUAUGGCAAUGUCACGAGUUUGAUCCAUCAAACUUUCUCCUCCAACCGCAAAGUCGCACAACAAGGCGGGGAUCUUGUCUGGCUCCUAUUGGCCAUGGCCUGCAACACGGGACACAUUCACUCACAUCGACUUGACUUUUGUAACACGAGACAGACUCUGUCGUGGCUCAAGGGACUCAUCUGUCUCCCCAUGGCACGGCUAUCAGUGCCCUCAGAAGACUUUCGUCUGUUUAUUGAAAAUGUUUGUACCUUUCUGGAGGGAAGGAAUUUGAGUCUGGCACCAGCGGCAUAGACAACAUGAAUUCCAUUUAAGCUACUUGGAUCUGACAUCACUCUUUGUAAACAAUCUAUAGUUCCUUCUUCAUACUUCUAUACAAAAACACAAC